CCCAGCAAAGUUUAGUUCAUUCUGGAAAUGUCUGUGUUUCUGGGAGUAGAAUAUAUAAGGUGUGUGUUCUGAUUGCUGCAGCAGAUCAGAGACUGAAGACUGGGAGAUCACAUCAGUCAGUUUGAGAGAAGUGAGAGAAGAGGCAGAGACAAUGCUGAGCUGUCGGGCUUUCCACCCUUCACGUCUGUGUCAGCAGCCUGUGUACACAUUCUGGCCUGUUCCACACAGGGUCUGUGAGCCGCUUGAAUGCAACACGUGGAAACAGGUGGAAGAAGCGAGAAAGAGCAUGAACUUCAUGGAGCGUGUUCUUGAGCAGCUGGCAAAAGAAUUUUGGGAGGAAAAAGCAAGAAAUCAGGACAACAAACCUGAUGAUAAUGAAGAAGGUAGAAGACAACCAGAGGACAAGGAGGGAGAUGGCUUUUCUCUGUCCCUGGAUGUCCAGCGUUUCUCCCCAGAAGAACUGAAGGUGAAAGUACUUGGAAGAAAAGUGCUGGUGAUAGGGAAACACGAGAAGAAAAGUGAUGAUGGCAAUGGCUCUUCCAGCUACAAAUAUGAAGAGUUCAGGAAAGAAUUUCAGCUGCCAGAAGAUGUCGAUGCUGAAGCUGUUAACUGCUGUUUGUCACAGGACGGUCGGUUAAAGGUUCAAGCCCCAUGCCUGGCACUGCCAGCUGUGAAUGAACAAACCCUGCCCGUCAACAUCACCUUGGAUACAACAACCAGUCCCCGACUAAAUCCUGGCCAAGAGGCACAGAAACUGGAGAGUGGGAAUGAUGCGAAGAAAAGUGAGGAGGAAGUAAAAAUGGACAAUUAAAACUCAUUUACUACGAUCUUCUGUAAGAUCUAAGAAUUCUUCAUUUGCAGAAAUGAAUUUCUGAGACCAUGUUAUGAAGGCAUAAUCUGAAAAUGAAUUGUUAAAUGGUAUUUCUGUACUGCACUGUUAACAGCAUUCAUGUGGAUUUUUUUAUAUAGAUAUGUACUUGGAAAAAUAAUUACUUUUGAAAAUAAUAUUGAUGAUUCAGCUUUUUUCCUUCAUAUAAAGAAACUAAUACGACAUAACUGAAAAACUAGUCACUUAGUUCCUGUAUUCUCAGUGAAGAAAAACACAUUUUAGUUUGGAUUCCCCUAAAACCCAGAGCAAAAAUUCCCUAUUGCAAGAUCUGCCUGAAAUUGAACUCAGUUCGUUAAAAAAAUAUAUCAAACUUUUGCCAGGAUCCAGUGAACAAAAUCUCUGUAUUACCCUGCAACCUCACAAUGAGCAGAAGCAACAGCUUAUCUUCCAACACAGACACCAGACUGGACACCAGUCAUUUAUUGGAUGGUGGAAUCCUCUUCCUUUGGGGUUACCUGUUUGAUAUAAGUAACUGGGAGGAAAAUCAAAGUUGCUUGCAUUCUAAGCAGCUUUUAUAAAGUUUGUGUGAAAUAAUAUUACUGAACCUGUACUAUUGAACAUAAGAACAUAAAGAAUGGGAGCAGGCACAGGCCAUUCGGCCCCUCAAGCCUCCUGCACCAUUCAAUUACAUCAUGGUUUACCUAAUUCUGGCUGUAAUUCCACCUUUCUCUCUGCCCCCCCCGCAACACUUGACUCUAUUGUCAAUCCAAAAUCCAUCUAACAGCCUUGAAUAUACUCAAAGACCCAGCUCUACUGCUCACUGUGGAAAGAGUUCCAAUCACAAAUGUCCCUCUAAGAAAUUUCUCUGUAUCUCCACCUUAAAUGCCAGACUCCUUAGUUUUAAAGUGCUCCCAAGAUCCUAAUUUCCUCCCAAGGGGGAUCAUCCUCUCAGCCUCUAUCCUGUCAAGCCUCAAAGAAUCUUAUACGUUUCAGUAAGGGAUCUGUAUCUUACUGGGUCAGUGUGAUGUGUAAUAUUUCUUGCAAUGUCAGUCAGCAGUUAUAUUCCUUCAGCAAAUUUAGUGGAUUAUGCUGAUGGAGAAAUAGCUCAUGUGUUUAGGUUGAUGCUGGGCAGUGGGAAACAUCAACAAUCGUAUCACAGUUUGUGGAAUACAUGAGCAAUGCCACAGCUUAUUCAUUGGUCAAAAUGUUAAAUGGUGUAAAAAUGUAAAUUCUGACCAUGAACAUAUACUGAACCUGGAAUCCAUUUGAUCGUAAUGCUGCCAAAACACACCUGAGAAUAAGGAUUUAUGUUGCUGUUCAUAUGACACUCUUGUGUGUGAUGGAAACUGUCAUUUACCAAUUUAGGAAGUUAUGAUGUUCGGAGGUCUGCAACAACAUUAAUAGA